AUGUCGACUUCAAAAGUUCCGCCAAUUACUGCUCUCAAAGCUUUGGAGCCACGCCCCGGCGGCCACUGGACAGUCCAAGAUCAGGAAGGGGAUGCUAUCUCUCUCUCAUACGUGUUGGAUGGCGCAGAGGCUAUGGCAUUCGAUCUUCGCCAAUGCAAAAGCGAAGAGGAUGUUCGAAAAUAUUGUUCCUCCUUUGUGUACGAGUACACUGACAACGUUUCUGAAAGUGGAUGGCACCACCAGCCUGUUGGUGAACUCUCUGCGGAGAUUGUACACUCUCAUGAGGCUGCAUCACUGCUCUAUCACUCGCAAUCUCAGAACACAAUGGCACAAUACUCAGCAGGCCAAAUCCAGCAACCGCUUCAAGAACAACUUCUCUUUGGCGCCCAGGCUGCCAUGGUGUCGCCAUCUGAAUCGCAAGCUCAGGUCAAUAUCACAUUUGGAGAAACGGCCGUAUCUUCGAAUUCUCAAUACUACCAACCCGACCAAUCUUAUUCCUUGUCCAACGGCCAAGAACUUUCACAAGAUAGUUUCGCUUCUGGAACUGGCGAGUGGCCACUCAGCAAUGAGUUUUUCCCCAUGGGCGUAGGAAAUGUUCCCAUCUCUAUGCCGAACCCUGAAGUUGGAAUAACUCAAGACGCAACUGCCUUCUUGGGAAGAAGAAGAAGAGAAGAAGAGAGAGCGAGACAGAAAGAAACAUCAGGUGGUGGUUCUUGGAGUGGUGGGAACAGAUCUAUGCGAGGAGCAAAGGAGCUUCUCGGUGACCACUACGAAGACAAAAGGGUCGCUGUUCUUGGGGUUAAGUCUCAUAUGGUUGAAGAUCUCAACGCAGUGAGCCACCUCCCUCUGCAGUUCACAUACCCAGACCCACGACAGCUUUACAACUACGCCUCCUCCACCGUCGCACAGCCAUACCAGGCCGAGAUGCCUCAUCUGGAGUAUUUUGCCAUGACUGAGAGCGACACGUUUGACCUCGACAAUCCUUGGGACUUUGAUAAGAUGCUGGGCUACAAGGAGAAUGAGGGCGACAGAGAAGCAGUAGUACCUGCCGCCGGUCUGCCACAGCCUAACAACCAAUACAAUCCUCACGAUGAGUUUUUCUACACGUUCUGA